AUGACGAUCGGGCUGCUUGCCCUAUUCGGCUGGAGUCUCUUCUCUCUCCAUUUCCUCGGCGUCAUCGCCACCUCGAUCAGCAGCUCCUUUCUACUCUCAAUAUUCAUUCUGUACCAGCUUGGGCAAUUGUGUGCCCAGUUUGUCAUCCUGGCCUUCACGUUGACGGUUCGGACGAGGAUCGCGCUCCUGAUCGCCUCGUCGGUGCUGUGCGAGCGCAUUUCCUACAAGGAACUGCUGAAAGCACAAGCGCAACGCGAGCGCGAGGAAGACGAGGAUGCCCUCUUUGCUGACGAUGGUCACGAGACGGCGUUGAUCACCGCCCCGUCGUUGAGCAUGACCAUCUCGUACUCGGGUAACUUCGUUCAGCUGCUCCUCCGAUGGAAGGGGUCGAUAUUUCGGAGUGUUUGGAAGGAGCUGCUCGUUUGGGUGACGCUGUACUACCUUGUACGCGUCUCAUACACGCACGCCAUACCAUGGGCCGAUCCGAAGGGAACGCACAAGUACAGGGAGAACUUCAUCUCGGUCUGCCAGCAGUGCAACGAGUAUACAAAGUUGAUACCGCUCACGUUUCUCCUCGGCUUCUACGUGUCGAAUGUGGUGUCGAGAUGGUGGCGCCAAUUCGAGUGCCUAUGCUGGCCGGAAGACUUGCUGUCAUUGUUGUGCUUCGUCGUGCCGGCCGACGACAUGAAGCAGGCCAGGGUCCGGCAUCGCGUUGCCAGAUAUCUGAAUUUGACGUGCGCCCUCGCGUGGCGAGAAAUCUCGUCAAAAAUUCGUCUCCGCUUCCCCACGCUACGCCAUAUCAUCGACAGCGGUCUGUUGACGGAGACGGAAUAUGAGCAGUUGAUUGAUAUUGCGAAAAUCAGCCAAGGCUGCGUGUGGCUAACCCCCCUACACUGGGUCCAACAGAUCGUCUCGGAAACGGUGGCCGAAAGCGGUGCCCUGCCCGCCUACGUCAACAAUUUCAACCAGGAGCUCAAAUCGUUCCGCAUCAGCUUCCGGCGGCUGUUCUGUCACGAUUGGGUGUGUGUGCCGUUGGUCUAUACGCAAGUAGGCCUGGAAACCGUGGAUUUUCGGUUUCCGAUCUUCACCGUCGUGCAAUUUCUCUUCUUCGUUGGGUGGUUCAAGGUGGGCCAAGAUCUGAUGCGACCAUUCGGGCUCGACGAUGAUGACAUUGAAUUGUCCUACAUUCUCGACCGCAACAUCUUGACGUCAUUUACGAUAGCUAACACGUUGCAGACGAGGUCACCACCCCCAUUUGAAGAAGAUCCCUACUGGAAGGCGCGCCACGACCCGAACGUCGCCGAUUCUUCAUUAAAGUACGGGCGAAUUGACUUGAGUCGCGCGAAUCACAAGCAUCCGCCCAAACUCCAUAUGCUCGCCGACCUGAAGACGGUCGAUAAGCAAUUUGUGCAACACCAAGUCGAAAACGGAUGUGCUCUGCACGACAAGAUGGAUAUGGUGGAGGAGAGGAAGCUGCUGUUCUGG